AUGGAUCAGUCAACAGCUUUAGCCGGGAAUACAUCUGAUCAAGGCUAUCAACAGGACCAGGACCGGGAGCGUGAAGACCGAGAGCACACUGAAGCGCGGCGAUUGAAACUAGCCUCAAUCAUUCUUUUCAUCUGCAUCAUCUCAUUUGUGCUCCAAACAGAGCUUACAAAAUUUGUGCAAACAUCCAUGGGCUAUCAGAAGCCAUACUUUAUCCUUUAUAUAUCCCAUUCCUUUUGGGCUAUUGCUCUCCCACUACAGUUCAUAUAUUCUACCUAUCUUUCACCCGGCGCUCCAGGAUCGCAUCUGACAUUGCAAGAGCGCAUCAGCUAUUUUGCGAAACUAGUACGGCAUUCCACACACGAUCUCUAUCACAGGAAGUCUGAGUACAUUUUAGUUGGACAAGCAACAGUAACAGACCCUACAAUACCGUCAUCAACACCCUUUUCUCAUGCAGGGCAAGAGGCAAAGAGUUUAUGGAAAUACCUCUUUUAUGUCACAUUUGGGAUGACUAUUCUAUUCAUGGUUCCUUCGUAUCUGUGGUACUCAUGUGUGGCUAUGACCUCAAUGGCGAAUUUAACUGCUAUCUACAACACAGCCUGUUUCUUUGCCUACUUGUUCUCAGUCGUGCUAUUGAAUGAAAAGAUUGUGGUAAACAAAGUUAUUGCUGUCAUCCUUUCCUUGCUUGGAGUCGCCAUUAUCAGCUUAACCGUUGAGGAUACCACUGUCCCAGAUGACCAAGGAAAAAAACAUUCGACUGUCGCCCUUGUGGGAGAUUUUCUAGCUCUUAUUGGUGCAGCUCUCUAUGGCUUUGAAGAGGUUGUCUACAAAAAAUACGCAUCCUCAAAGAUUCAACCAGUUGUUUUUGCUAAUACAUUGACAGGGCUAAUGGGUGUAGUCACAUGCACAAUGCUUUGGAUACCAAUCCCUCUACUCCACUGGAUGGGCCAUGAAGUUUUCGAGUUGCCGACACUGAACGAAUUUUCAUCAAUUCUAAUGAUUGCAACACUGGGACUAGUUUACAAUGGUUGCUUUAUGAUUGUGGUCUCGCAGACAAGUCCGGUGUUUGCUGCAGUAGGUGUGAUGGCUACAAUCCCUUUGGUGGCACUUACAGACUGGUUACUUUUUAAUGAGACCAUUGGUUGGGGUGAUAUCGUCGGUGGGUUAAGCAUCAUUGCAGGAUUUGCUAUCCUAAUGCGCGAGAAUCACAAGGCUCUUUAA